AGUGAGCGAGAGCAAGUUGAGGGGAGGGGGUGUAAGAGCCGGCGAAUUCUUUUUCUUUUUCUAUUAUUAUUUUGACGACUCCCGAGUUGCGCCCAUGCUCUUGUCAGCUUCGUUUUAGGCGUAGCAUGGACAGGCAGAAGAAAAUGGGGCAAAGCCUGCUCCGGGCGGUCUUCUUUUUAGUCCUGGGGCUUUUGGGUCAUUCUCACGGAGGAUUCCCCAACACCAUCAGCAUAGGUGGACUUUUUAUGAGAAACACGGUGCAGGAGCACAGCGCUUUCCGCUUUGCCGUGCAGUUAUACAACACCAACCAGAACACCACCGAGAAGCCCUUCCAUUUGAAUUACCACGUAGAUCACUUGGAUUCCUCCAAUAGUUUUUCCGUGACUAAUGCUUUCUGCUCUCAGUUCUCUCGAGGGGUGUAUGCCAUCUUUGGAUUCUAUGACCAGAUGUCAAUGAACACCCUGACCUCCUUCUGUGGGGCCCUGCACACAUCCUUUAUCACGCCCAGCUUCCCCACUGACGCAGAUGUGCAGUUUGUCAUCCAGAUGCGCCCAGCCUUGAAGGGCGCUAUUCUGAGUCUUCUGGGUCACUACAAGUGGGAGAAAUUUGUGUACCUCUAUGACACAGAACGAGGAUUUUCCAUCCUCCAAGCGAUUAUGGAAGCAGCAGUGCAAAACAACUGGCAAGUGACAGCAAGGUCUGUGGGAAACAUAAAGGACGUCCAAGAAUUCAGGCGCAUCAUUGAAGAAAUGGACAGGAGGCAGGAAAAGCGAUAUUUGAUUGACUGCGAAGUCGAAAGGAUUAACACAAUUUUGGAACAGGUUGUGAUCCUGGGAAAACAUUCAAGAGGUUAUCACUACAUGCUUGCUAACCUGGGUUUUACUGAUAUUUUGCUGGAAAGAGUCAUGCAUGGGGGAGCUAACAUUACAGGUUUCCAGAUUGUCAACAACGAAAACCCUAUGGUUCAGCAGUUUAUACAGCGCUGGGUGAGGCUGGAUGAAAGGGAAUUCCCUGAAGCCAAGAAUGCACCACUAAAGUAUACAUCUGCAUUGACACACGACGCAAUACUGGUCAUAGCAGAAGCUUUCCGCUAUCUGAGGAGGCAGCGAGUAGAUGUGUCCCGGAGAGGCAGUGCUGGAGACUGCUUAGCAAACCCUGCUGUACCCUGGAGUCAAGGAAUUGAUAUUGAGAGAGCCCUGAAAAUGGUGCAAGUACAAGGAAUGACGGGAAACAUCCAAUUUGACACUUACGGACGAAGAACAAAUUAUACCAUUGAUGUGUAUGAAAUGAAAGUCACUGGCUCUCGAAAAGCUGGCUACUGGAAUGAGUAUGAAAGGUUUGUGCCUUUCUCGGAUCAGCAAAUCAGCAAUGACAGUGCAUCCUCAGAGAACCGGACCAUAGUAGUGACUACCAUUUUGGAAUCGCCAUAUGUGAUGUAUAAGAAGAACCAUGAGCAACUGGAAGGAAAUGAACGAUAUGAAGGCUAUUGUGUAGACUUAGCAUAUGAGAUAGCCAAACAUGUAAGGAUCAAAUACAAAUUGUCCAUUGUCGGUGAUGGGAAAUAUGGCGCAAGGGAUCCGGAGACUAAAAUAUGGAAUGGAAUGGUUGGGGAACUUGUCUAUGGGAGAGCUGAUAUAGCUGUUGCUCCACUCACUAUAACAUUGGUCCGUGAAGAAGUCAUAGAUUUUUCAAAGCCAUUUAUGAGCCUGGGCAUUUCCAUCAUGAUAAAGAAGCCUCAGAAAUCAAAACCAGGCGUAUUCUCAUUUCUGGAUCCCUUGGCUUAUGAAAUCUGGAUGUGCAUUGUCUUCGCGUACAUUGGAGUCAGUGUAGUUCUUUUCCUAGUCAGCCGAUUCAGCCCUUAUGAAUGGCACUUGGAAGAUAACAAUGAAGAACCUCGUGACCCACAAAGCCCUCCUGAUCCACCAAAUGAAUUUGGAAUAUUUAACAGUCUUUGGUUUUCCUUGGGUGCCUUUAUGCAGCAAGGAUGUGAUAUUUCUCCAAGAUCACUCUCUGGGCGCAUUGUUGGAGGGGUUUGGUGGUUCUUCACCCUGAUCAUCAUUUCUUCCUAUACUGCCAAUCUCGCUGCUUUCCUGACUGUGGAGAGAAUGGUUUCUCCCAUAGAGAGUGCUGAAGACUUAGCUAAGCAGACUGAAAUUGCAUAUGGGACCUUGGACUCCGGUUCAACAAAAGAAUUUUUCAGAAGAUCCAAAAUUGCUGUGUACGAGAAAAUGUGGUCUUACAUGAAAUCGGCAGAGCCAUCUGUGUUUACCAAAACAACAGCAGACGGAGUGGCCCGAGUGCGGAAGUCCAAGGGAAAGUUCGCCUUCCUGCUGGAGUCAACAAUGAAUGAGUACAUUGAGCAGAGAAAGCCGUGUGAUACGAUGAAAGUUGGUGGAAAUCUGGAUUCCAAAGGCUAUGGUGUGGCAACCCCUAAAGGCUCAGCAUUAAGAACGCCUGUAAACCUUGCAGUAUUGAAACUCAGUGAACAAGGCAUCUUAGACAAGCUGAAAAACAAAUGGUGGUACGAUAAGGGGGAAUGUGGAGCCAAGGACUCCGGGAGUAAGGACAAGACCAGCGCUCUGAGCCUGAGCAAUGUGGCAGGCGUUUUCUAUAUACUUGUCGGAGGUCUGGGGCUGGCCAUGAUGGUGGCUUUGAUAGAAUUCUGUUACAAAUCACGGGCAGAGUCCAAACGCAUGAAACUCACAAAGAACACCCAAAACUUUAAACCUGCUCCUGCCACCAACACUCAGAAUUAUGCUACAUACAGAGAAGGCUACAACGUGUAUGGAACAGAGAGUGUUAAGAUCUAGGGAUCCCUUCCCACUGGAGGCAUGUGAUGAGAGGAAAUCACCGAAAACGUGGCUGCUUCAAGGAUCCUGAGCCAGAUUUCAC